GUUCGUGCUGGCCGUGGGCAGCGCUGUCUUCGAUGCCAUGUUCAAUGGUGGCAUGGCCACAACCUCCACUGAGAUUGAGCUGCCUGACGUGGAGCCUGCUGCCUUCCUGGCUCUGCUCAAAUUUCUUUACUCAGACGAAGUUCAGAUCGGACCAGAGACUGUUAUGACAACACUUUACACAGCUAAGAAAUAUGCAGUUCCAGCCCUUGAAGCUCAUUGUGUGGAGUUUCUUAAAAAAAACCUCAGAGCAGACAAUGCAUUCAUGCUAUUAACUCAGGCCCGGCUGUUUGAUGAGCCCCAGCUGGCCAGCCUGUGCCUGGAGAACAUAGACAAGAACACCUCAGAUGCCCUCAAUGCAGAGGGGUUUACAGACAUUGACCUGGACACGCUGGUGGCAGUGCUGGAGAGGGACACGCUGGGGAUCCGGGAGGUUCGCCUGUUCAACGCCGUGGUGCGCUGGUCCGAGGCCGAGUGUCAGCGGCAGCAGCUCCAGGUGAUUCCAGAGAACAAGCGCAAGGUUCUGGGCAAAGCUCUCUCCCUUAUCCGCUUCCCACUGAUGACUAUUGAGGAGUUUGCAGCAGGGCCUGCCCAGUCGGGGAUCCUGACGGACCGGGAGGUGGUGAGCCUGUUCCUGCACUUCACCGUGAACCCGAAGCCGCGGGUGGAGUUCAUCGACCGGCCCCGGUGCUGCCUGCGGGGCAAGGAGUGCAGCAUCAGCCGCUUCCAGCAGGUGGAGAGCCGCUGGGGGUACAGUGGGACGAGUGACAGGAUCAGGUUCUCAGUAAACAAAAGGAUAUUUGUAGUUGGGUUUGGAUUAUACGGAUCCAUACACGGGCCAACGGAUUACCAAGUAAACAUACAGAUCAUCCACACCGACAGCAACACCGUGCUGGGGCAGAAUGACACCGGCUUCAGCUGCGACGGCUCCUCCAACACCUUCCGCGUCAUGUUCAAGGAGCCCGUGGAGAUUUUACCCAACGUCAACUACACAGCCUGUGCUACUCUAAAGGGUCCAGAUUCCCACUAUGGAACCAAAGGACUGCGCAAAGUGAUCCAUGAAUCACCAACAACGGGAGCCAAAACCUGCUUCACGUUCUGUUACGCGGCUGGGAACAACAACGGCACCUCGGUGGAGGAUGGACAAAUCCCAGAGAUCAUCUUCUACACAUAGUGCCACUGCCAGCCCCCCUGGACUCGACUCUUCCCUGCCACCUCCCAAACUGAAUCUCUGGCUGAGUUUGACCACACCAAUUGGAGCCACACUAGCCAAAGGUCACAGUGAAACCAUUUCAAAGCUCAUCUUCUGCCUUGUGCUAGUGCUGCUGCUGCUCUCAGGUGCCAGGCCAGCUGGUGGCCCCGUGCAGCCCAGCUGCUGUCCCAGUACCAUUUGUAGGUUGUCUGUGGCUUGUUGUUUUUCACCUCCUGAUUAACCCUCUCUAACAACGUGCGUUUUUUGGACUGUAAUGAAUGUAGAUGCUUUUCCAGCGGUCAGAAACAAGGCAACGAGUGGCUCUGGUUGUGGUUUCACUGCCAUGAGGAGAUGGUCCUGCAGCAGACUCGGGCAGGGCUGGGUGGCCUCUGCUCUGCCCCAGCUCAGCAGUCCAGGCCACACUGCAGGGCUUGGCCAGCCCGUGCCCAGCACCUUCCCUCCCUCCCAGCAGCCUCAGCACACAGAGCCGCCUUCAGAAGUCAUGGAAGUGGCCUUUUCCCUGAGGCUUUGCUGUUCCAGCACUACACAGGCUUGGAGACCUCAAAGCUGAGCUCCUCUGGAGGGACUGAGGCAUUUUCCUGCUCUUCCCACCCAUGUGUGACAAUCUUCACCUCGGGCACUUGGUGGCAGCGAGGUGACCGCUCUGCAGAGUGGGGAGGGGCAGCUGCUCCUGCCCUCUGCGUCCCCGUGGUGCUGCUUCCACAGCCCUGGCACGUCCCACGGGCUGGUGAUGCCCAGCUCAGCCCCGGGCAGCCCCAGCUCUGUUGUUGUCACUGGUCAUUGUCCUUUGCAGAGUGCCAGGGUUUGUCGGUUGAAGCAGAAGCACCUGCCUCACCUGCUCCAGGGCAUUCCUGCAUUUCCAUGCACGUUUCCGUGUGUUUCCCUCUGUUCCUGUGCAUUGCUGCCUCACCCCUGAUGGGAGCAGGAGGAGAGGCUGGAUGUGCACCUGCCUGUUACUACAAUGCAGCAGAUGGACAAGGAUUUACCAAAUGGUUCAGGAGAAGGUGGAAUGUUCUGUGUGCUGGUGUGUGUUUGCACACUGCCUGUUGGCAGGCACGGGAGGGGAUCACAGACAUCACUGCUGGGCUGUGGAGCUCGGUGGCCUUGAGGACACCCCUUGUUCAGGGCCAGCUGCUUUUCCCCGUGGCUGUCACAGAGAGGGAGGCUGGUCCAGCCCCACCCUCACUGCCCACGAGUGAAGGCCACCAGACUCUUCCUCCCUCCUCUGGAAUCAAGCUCAGCCUGGCAGGAAGACCGGAGCCCCUGGAGCCUGCGUGGGCCUGGCUGGGGUGGUGCUGCCUCAGGGCCCCUUCCCCAAGCUCCUGCUCCAGCACACGGAGCCACUGCCACUCCCUGGGCAGCUGCUGCCACUGGAUUUCCCUGCUGCAAGUCAGAACCUGGCUGUCCUUGGCUGGAGCAGGGUUUGUCCUCCUCCUCCUGCUGCCCCAGCCGGGAUCCUGGGGCUGGAGUCUCCUCCUCAGCCUGGGAAUGCCCUGCACCUCCUCAGCAGCAGCUCUAAGGGGUGCCCAGAGUGUGCUCUGUGCUCCAGGGAGAUGGUGUGAGCUGUGUAUUGUCAGCCUGCUCCCAGGUGGGAUGGUUCUAAUAUGGCCAGUACUCAAAAAAGAGAAAAAAAUAGAAAAAAAU